GGAGUUCUUUGACCUCUUGACAUGCGCAGUAGGGACCAAAUCGCCAAGAUGGCGGACUUUAGUUGACAAUUUUCCUUUCAUUUGACAAUUUUACCUCCGUAGACACUUUCCCAAGCUAACAUGACGAAACCGAAGUCCAAGAAAAAGUCGGAGAAGCCCAAGGAGGCUUCGACACCGACCGAGAGUAAGGUGAACGUACCAACUGAAAGUCCCAUAGGACAAACACCAACAAGCGCUCCACCUAGCGGGAAAGUUGCACCCAAGUCGUGGUUUACUGCCGAGAUACAACUUAUGAUGUACACGUUUGGCGACCACCGCCGUCCCUUGCAGUCGUCCGCCGCGCUGAUCGAAGAAGUCGUCCACAGCCAGAUGACCAGCCUGCUACACCAGGCAGCAGAAGUGACCAUCCAGAGAGGGGCCAGGUUUAUAGGGGUGGAGGACAUCAUCUUCAUCAUGAGGAGGGACAAGAAGAAGCUAAGACGUCUCCUGAGAUAUCUCGACUUUAAGGACCUGAAACAGAAGGUAGUGAAGGGAUCAGGUCUGGAGGAAGGAGAGGCGGAGGCUGAGGACAUCAAACAGCCUGUGGCCAAACGGAGGAAACUCUGCUACGAUUUCUUAUCAGCCAUCGAUCAAACAGGUGAGCUGUUGUCCCUGUUUGAGGAUGAUGAGAUUGAUGAAGUCAAACAGGAGAGAGCUGAGCGAGCGGAUAUGCAGACCCGCAGUAUGGACCAGACACAGUACAUGGAGUAUGUGGAGGCACGGCAAACACACUUCCAUAAGAAAGCGAGUAAGUUCCGAGACUGGAUGGACCUGGGAACCCUGGAGGUCAAACCCAACCCCCUGGCCAUGGAGAUUCUCACUUACCUGGCUUAUGAGACUGUAGGAACUAUUGUAGACUGUGCCCUGCUCAUCAAGAAGGACACAGAGAGAACAGUGAGCAACCCCCUCCAGCCCUGCAUUCCUCACGUCUGCUCCGCCCCGGAUACCGUCUCCGUGGCCCCCCCUCCUCCCCUGCAGAUCAAGUCCCCCUCCUCCCGCCCCAGCAGUCCCAACCAGACCCCCCCUUCCACACCGACCACCCCCACAGGUCAGUCAGGUAAUGUGACCCCCCUGAUGUUCGGUAGCCAGUUCACAGCCCCGCCCUCCUCUGCCACCCAGAACAGUAACUCCACAGGGCUGCCCGGCAUGCCCACCACCCCACAGACUCCCAUCUUCAACUUCAGCUCAAACAGUGGCGGCAGCGGAAAGUCUAAGAAGAAAAAGAAAAAGAGUGGUUCGUCUGCACCAGAGCCGGCCUCUGCUGAUGCCAUCCAACCCUCCCACAUACGGGAGGUCAUGAGAAGAUAUGGAGCCAACAUUGGACCCAUGGCACCUUUUGCUGCAUACAACAAGCUUCCGGCACCAAGAUUUCUGGCCUGUUGAAAAGACACCCCAGCUGCAGUUUAUGAAACAGCUGUAAGAGGGCACUGUUGCACAGACUACCAUUGGUUGUUUUACCUAUUGUACAAGUUAAAGACUAUCCUUGUACAUUUUAUGUUGCAAAGCUAUUCAUAUGUAAGAAAAAGUACCAAGUUAACAGCAACAAAUAGUAGCUUUAUUUUUACAUUUUUUUUACAAACAAAACUAGAAUGGCUAAGUGAACUUGUUAGAAAGUACAGUAUAUAUAGCAUGAUGUCAAUAAUGUACCAUAAGUAAGCGGAACAUCUACAAAUAAGAAUUCUGUCGAAUUGUGUACAACAAUGCAUUAUGUUUUAUGCUAUUUAUGUGCGAACAAACCAAUAACAGUGACUUGUCUAUACACAAGGAUGCAAAUCUGAAAUAAACAACAGCCUACGUAUAAAGACCACAGACUUCUCUCAGUGUUACU